UUCAUCCUUCGUCUUCGUCGUCGUUUACAAAUAGUGAUGACAACCUUUUAUUGGAACAUCAACACAGCGCAAAACCCGAAACAGUGUCCAUCAUAAUUUGGUACAUUUUAACAACAGGAUUUUUAGCAUUACUAUUUCUCGCUUUCUACAUCAACUGUCUAAUCGGUAUAAAUUUAGAAAAAAAAUGGACUUUGUUAAGCGAAUGUGGUUUUGUGAUUUGUGGCCUAAUUUAUAUGGUGGUGGCUUUGCCGCCACCUAAAUGGACUCUCAGAAUAUUAAGAGAAUUGGUUGUGUUGCAGAGAAAUGAUGAGAAUGAUAAUGUUGAGAUGGCUGGCUUAUAG